AUGGAAGACUGGGUUGGGAUCAGUGCCACUUUAGACAUCCUGAGUUUAAAGAACAUUCAAGAGGAGAGAUUCAAUAGGCAGUUGGAAGUGCAGGACAGACGACUGGGGGAAGUCAGGGGGCCGCCCCUUUAUGCUGUGUGGCGCCUGACGUCAUCUGGCCGCGCCAGGCCGCCUUUCGUCUCGCCCUUCAGCUCCGUCCUCGUCUCGCGCUUCCUCCCCCGAGCAGCCGCCCUCGUGUGUGCCGUUCCCUCCGAUCUGUCUUCCACAGAUAAAUUUGAUUUGCGUGGCCACGACCGCGGCGGCGGGCAGGGGAGGCCACGCAGGCAGGGCCCGGGGCGGGAGCGUGCCUCCCGGCGCGUGGCCCUGGGCGUCCGCUUCCGCAGGGGGGCAGGGGCACCACGCGUCCCUCCGAGCUGCCGCGGCGGGAGGGCGGGGGAGGGGAAGGGCUCCGUGCCGGAGGCGCCGCCGACCGCGGGCUUCCGGGCCCUGGCGGUGGGGGUGGAGGAGAGGCGGCAGGAGAAGCGGACGGAGGGGCGCAGCAGGCCCGGGGGCAGCAGGGAGGCCGGAGGUGCCGGUGGCCGGGCUCCUGACAGGCGGUUCUCCACCCUGGCUGCGCAGCAGCACCCACGGGAGCCCUGGCAGGUGCCGACCCCGGGGCCGCCCCAGCUCACCAGUUAUCCUGGCGUCUCCAGGGCUGGGGCCCGACCCGGGAACCGCAGCGCCGAGAACCACUGUCCUCCGACACUUGGAUUCUCGGACUUUUUCCCCUGCCAGCUCAUCCCACUGACCGCAAGAUGGUGCCCUCUUCCUGGGAAAUCUUUUUGCUGUUCCCGGCACAGGCUGAACAAUCCAUUUUCUCUCUAAUCCUGAAAGAAUGGACUGGAAUUUAACAAUCUUCAUAGCAUCUCAUUAAGCCAGAAUUCUGUGCCCUUGAUGUCUAACCGUUUAAUGUGUAUCUUCCUCUUCUGCUAGAAACCGCAUUGUUUACU